AUGCCGGGAAGAGCAUUAGAAACAGGACUGGAUAUGAUACCAGUUGCCGGUAAAGCUCUUAAAAAAGGAGUAAAAAUGGCAAAAAGAGCGGGGGGAGGAAUUGGUUUUCCUGAUUUAUCAAAUGAUAUCGGAGACUUAAAGAAUGGUUUAGCCGGAGCAAAGGCUCAAAUCGAAAGUCAAGGCAAAGCUCUCCAAGGUCAGAUUGAAGGAGUAAAAUCCGAAUUAGAAGGAGCCUUAAAACAACAAGGGGAAAAGUUCGACCAAGAAAUCAAAGCCCAAGACGCGAAAAUCGCGGCUCUGUCUGGCGAACAAAAACGCCAAGCCGAAGAGACUAAAAAAGCCCUACAAAAACAGAAACAACAAUUAGAAAAAGCUUUACAAGAAGUCACGGAAAACUUAACUCGGGCUCAAAAUGAGUUAAGGCAAGAAUUAGAAGACUUCAAAAACGAAGUUAAUGAAAGAUUUGAGAAGCAGGAAAAGAAAAUCUUAGAAAACAAACGCAAAAUAGAAGAAGAAAAACGCCAAAGGGAAGCCGAAAUAAGAGAAGUCAAAGACAAAAUAAAUGUUGCCAACACUAAAAUCAAUAAUCUCCAACAAGAAAAGGACGAAUUACAAGACCAUUUCAAUCGUUAUCAAUUUCAAACUAACCAAAAAUUAUCUGAAACCCAAGCCGAACUAGAAAACACCCAAGCCGAAUUCCAAUCUAAAAUAAAACUCCAAGAGGCUAAAUAUCAAAAUGACCUCCAAGAAAGCCAAGAAAACUUUGAAACUCAAACUAAAAUUUUUGAUGCUAAAAUCAAAGAUACUAGGGAAGCCCUGGAAGAACAUGAAGAAGAAUUAUCCAGCAUUAAAUACGAACAAAAGAAAUCAGCCUUAGAAAGAGAACAAAUAUUCGAUGAGUUAUCCGAAACUAACGAUAUUCUUCACUUCCAAAAACAUAAACUAGAUUUCGUGGCUAACCAAAUGGAGGAAAUUCAUGAGGAGGUUCACACUCGGAUGGAUAAACUUUCGCAAAAACUAGACACUCGUAUUAAUGAAACUCUUAACAUUGCCAAGGACACCAACAAAAAAGUCGAUAAACUUAGUGAAGAAGUUCAAAAUCUCCGGCAAACUACCGAACAACUUCAAGAACAAAUUAAAAAAAAUAAAGAAGAGACCGAACAAGCCAAAAAAGAAGCCCAAUGA